AGUGGCAACAUAUUAUUGUACGUUGCGUAAAAUUUCCCCCCUUCACCCUGGAUCUGUCGGCUACCGCUAAACGCAGUUUUACGAAAGUUCUGAAAUAACAUUGAGCUGCAUCAAAAUGCCAAGUAGUAAAAACUUUAGGAAGCGAAGGGACUCGUCAGAUGUGGAGGAGGACGAGACCACGGAAGAAGUCAGAUCAAAAGUAGAAGAGGCUAAAGAGCUGCAGAGUCUCCGGAAAAGACAGACCGGAGUCAGUUUGACCGCCUUGUUGGUAGGAGAGAAACUACCGCCAGAAGCUGAAAUUGACAAUGACCCUUUUAAACUGAAGACCGGAGGGAUUGUAGACAUGAAGAAAGUCAAAGACAGGAAUAGAGACAUGACAGAAGACGAGACAGACCUCAACCUGGGCACCUCCUUUUCUGCUGAAACUAACAGAAGAGACGAGGAUGCGGACAUGAUGAAAUAUAUCGAGACAGAGCUGAAGAAGAAGAAGGGGAUGGUGGAAGACGAGGAACAGAAGGUUAAGGUGAAGAAUGCAGAGGACCACCUGUAUGAGCUGCCCGAGAGCAUCCGAGUCAACUCUGCCAAGAAGACGGAGGAAAUGUUGUCCAAUCAGAUGCUGAGUGGGAUCCCUGAAGUCGAUCUCGGCAUUGAUGCAAAGAUAAAGAACAUUAUCUGCACAGAGGAGGCAAAAGCCAAGCUUCUGGCAGAACAAAGGAACAAGAAGAAAGACCACAGCACGUCAUUUGUGCCCACCAACAUCGCUGUCAACUACGUCCAACACAACCGCUUCUACCACGAGGAUGUGAACGCACCACAGAGGCACCACAGACACAGAGAAGAGCCUAAAGCGAGGCCGCUGCGUGUGGGAGACACUGAGAAACCAGGUCCAGAGGCAUCAUCCCCACCCAACCAUCGCAAACGUCCAAACAACGAGAAGGCCACAGAUGACUACCAUUAUGAGAAGUUCAAGAAGAUGAACCGCCGAUAUUGAAGAGUUGGGAGUUUCUUUCCUUUUCUUUUUUUUUUAAAGGAUAAAUUGCUCAACUGAUGUCCAUCUUUAUAAAGACUGAAGCCUCCAGGUCUGCAGAGUGGGCUCCCAUGACAGCAUCAUGCUUUGUAAAGACUGUAAAUAACUCCCUGUGGUUAUCUGUGUACUGCACAUUUGCUAUGUGAUGUAUGUGAAAGGAGUUUUCCACAUAUCCGUUGAAAUCACGUCACUCAGGAUUGUCUGCUAACCAAGGAAUUGGUCAAAUAAGAGCAGAAUCUGGAAUAACAUAAGAAAUGUUGACUGGAGUGACAUUCCUGCCCCAAACUGAGAAAGAUUUACCUUUGGUUCACUGUUAAAUCUUGACUUUUAGUUGUAGAAUUUUGUUUUUAAGGAUUUCAAAAACAGGUUUGAUUAAAGCAUAAAACACAA